AUGCAGGUUUCUGCUGCCUCAGAGAAUCUGCACAUUGGCAAAUGUGAACAGCUGGAAGAAGAAAAUAAAUUCCUCAAAGAGCAGUUACAGUCCCUGCAAAGCAAAAAGGAUUCACUGGCUGAGGAGAAUACAAAGUUGAAGGAAGACCAAAAACAUCUUACUGAGAGUUGCAAGUGUAUCAUAGCUAUGACAGAACAGUACAGAAUAUUCCUCACACAAAAAACGGAAAGCGAAAUAAGUGAACAAGAAGAAAAAGUGUCCAACUUUAUACAGGAGCAAACCAGAGCUCGAGCAUAUCAAGACUCUGUUUGGACAUCGACAGUGCAAGCACAACAAUCUAAAAUCUCCCAGCUAUCAAGUAAACUCCUGGAAUAUGAAAGAAAGAUUAAGAGACUGGAGGAUGAAAAUUGUAAGCUUCAUCUAAGACUUCAUCUGUGUCAAUCAUCGUCUGAAACUUUUACUACCAGUAAUAUCUUAAACAACCCUACUGAAAGAAAUUCUCAGAGUUUUCUGGGACCUCAGACGCAUUUUUCAGCAAGAGAAGACUAUGCAGUUUUGAGCCCAAGACUAAGAUCUGCAUUUGAGAAGGUGGACGCCUUCCUGAGAGAACUUUAGGUCUGGCCAUUUUGGAGGACAAAUUAUAGUUGUAAGAUCAGAUGUAAGUAUUUCCCCAAAAAUAUAAUUUGGUAAGUUAUUUUAAGUCAAUAGUGCAAACUUUAUUAUUUCUAUAAAAUGUACCCACUCAUCUGCUUUGUGCUAUUAAUUUCAUUUUUACCUGAAAAGAAGCUCCA